GAACUCGACAGUCAAUGCGGUAUCUAGCUUUCUAAUAUCUAUGCAGAAACACCAUGAAGGGAUUGUGCAGCCAUCCCUAUUGGUCGAAUCAGAUGCCACUCUCUAAGUGCUUGUAAUUGGACUAGUGGUGUUCUGCUGCAGUGUGUCAAAUAUGUGCAUGUGCUUCUUAGUAUGGAGACUUAUCUAGUGGUCUCUCAAAAGAUCAUUUUGGAUCAUUCAUUAAGCAGCUUGAUAUCCCCCUAUUUAAUGGUUUAAUAACAACAUCCUCAUUUUCUCUUCCUAUGGUCUCACACUCAGGCUGUCAGGUUUGUCUUGUCUCACAGAAGGGUUUUAUUAGUCUGGUUUCAGCUCUGACUUCCAACCCCUCUGAUCUAGACGAGCUGCAUCUGUGAUACAGGCAUCCUGGAGAAUCAGGACUGAAGCUGAAGGAUCCCCACCAUCUUUGCCUUUCUGUCUCUGUGUGUUCCUUCAUGCAACAUUGUGAGGAAGUGAAAGGGUUAACUUCACAUGAGUUUGACAACAGAACAAGUUCAGCUGGUUUUCUUAUCUCUCUGAAUAUGGACUCAAUGUCUGGGACUGGCAUAGUUUAACCAAUUGCUGACAGAGAGCACCUGAACUACAAGGAAAUGGAUAUUAGAAAAUCAAACUCCUGAAACAAUCAUAAAUCACUUGUAUGACCAGGAAAAGGAGACCCUGGGAAAAGGGGUUUGUUUGCUUAAAAUGAGUUCCAGUGAAAAAGAAGACCAUGAUUCUGAGUCGCUGUGUCCAAAAAAGAAAAAGAAGAGGAGGUCACACUCCCCUACACCCAGUUGUGUGUCCAUGAAGAGUGAUCGAUCUAAGGAUUGGCCAGUCAAAUUUAAAGAGGGAGACUCAUCUACUGGACAUCCAAAAAAGAAGAGGAGGUCACACUCCCCUACACCCAGUUGUGUGUCCAUGAAGAGUGAUCGAUCUAAGGAUUGGCCAGUCAAAUUUAAAGAGGGAGACUCAUCUACUGGACAUCCAAAAAAGAAGAGGAGGUCACACUCCCCUACACCCAGUUAUGUGUCCAUGAAGAGUGAUCGAUCUAAGGAUUGGCCAGUCAAAUUUAAAGAGGGAGACUCAUCUACUGGACAUCCAAAAAAGAAGAGGAGGUCACACUCCCCUACACCCAGUUGUAUGUCCAUGAAGAGUGAUCAAUCUAAGGAUUGGCCAGUCAAAUUUAAAGAGGGAGACUCAUCUACUGGACAUCCAAAAAAGAAGAAGAGGUCACACUCCCCUACACCCAGUUGUGUGUCCAUGAAGAGUGAUCGAUCUAAGGAUUGGCCAGUCAAAUUUAAAGAGGGAGACUCAUCUACUGGACAUCCAAAAAAGAAGAGGAGGUCACACUCCCCUACACCCAGUUAUGUGUCCAUGAAGAGUGAUCGAUCUAAGGAUUGGCCAGUCAAAUUUAAAGAGGGAGACUCAUCUACUGGACAUCCAAAAAAGAAGAAGAGGUCACACUCCCCUACACCCAGUUGUGUGUCCAUGAAGAGUGAUCGAUCUAAGGAUUGGCCAGUCAAAUUUAUAGAGGGAGACUCAUCUACUGGACAAUUCCAACCAGGUCAAGUAAAAUAUGUGGAAGUGCAGCAGAUUCACAAAUCCCACCUGCGGAAGAAGUUUCAGUGUCUGAUUGAGGGAAUCACGCAGCAGGGAGACACCAGACUCCUCCAGGAGAUCUACACAGAGCUCUACAUCACAGAGGGGGGAGGAGGAGAGGUCAAUGAUGAACAUGAGGUCAGACAGAUAGAGAGGGCAUCCUGGAGAAAAGCAGCACAUGGCAGAUCCAUCAAAAGUAAUGACAUCUUUAAACCAUUAUCUGGGCAAGACAAAGUAAUCAGAACAGUUCUGACAAAGGGAGUGGCUGGCAUUGGAAAAACGGUAUCUGUGCAGAAGUUCAUUCUGGACUGGGCUGAAGGAACAGCCAAUCAGGAUGUCCACUUCAUAUUUCCUCUUCCUUUCCGGGAGCUGAACCUGAUGAAGGAGAAAAAAUUCAGUCUGGUGGAUCUCAUUCAGCACUUCUCCUCAGAAAUAAAAGAUUCAAGAGUCUUCGCCAGUUCCAAGCACAGAAUCAUGUUCAUCUUUGAUGGUCUGGAUGAGUGUCGACUUCCUCUAGAUUUCCGCUCCAACCCAAGGUGUUGUGAUGUGACAGAGCCAGCCUCAAUGGACGUGCUGCUGACAAACCUCAUCCGGGGGAAUCUGCUUCCCUCUGCUCUUCUCUGGAUCACCACCCGACCAGCUGCAGCAAAUCAGAUCCCUUCUGAAUGCGUGGACCAGGUGACAGAAAUAAAAGGAUUCAACGACCCACAGAAAGAGGAAUACUUCAGGAGACAACUUAGUGAUGAGAACCUGGCUAGCAGAACCAUCACACACCUGAAGUCAUCCAGGAGCCUCUACAUCAUGUGCCACAUUCCAGUCUUCUGCUGGAUUUCAGCCACUGUUGUAGAGAGAACAUCAGAGGAAUCAGAGAGUUUAGAAAUGCCAAGGACUCUGACUCAGAUGUACACACGCUUCCUAAUCAUCCAGACAAACAUGAAAAAGUACAAGUACACAGAGAGAAAAGAGACAGAUGAAGAGGUGAUUUUCAAACUGGGGAAACUGGCCUUCCAACAGCUGGAGAAGGGCAAUCUGAUAUUCUAUGUGGAUGACCUGAGAGAGUGUGGCAUUGAUGUCACAGAGGCAUCAGUGUAUUCAGGUGUGUGUACUCAGAUCUUCAGAGAGGAGUCUGGACUGUACCAGGGGAAGGUAUUCAGCUUUGUGCAUCUGAGCAUCCAAGAGUUUCUUGGAGCUUCUUAUGUCUUCCUGUGCUUUAGCAACAGGCAGAGAAACAUGCCUGACCAACAGCAAACCCCUCAGCUCUCUGCUCUGUUCAGAGAUGCAACACUUCAUGACCUACACAAGACCGCAGUGGACUUGGCCUUACAAAGUGAAAAUGGACACCUGGACCUUUUCCUCCGCUUCCUUCUGGGCCUCUCACUGGAGUCCAAUCAGAUUCUCUUAAAGCACAUGCUGCCACUGAGCAGUAGCCAAUCAGAUAGCUCAGAGCCAACAGUCCAGUAUAUCAAACAGAAGAUCAGAGAUCAGAGUAGCUCGGACAGAAGAAUCAACCUGUUCUACUGUCUGAAUGAGCUGAAUCACCACGCUGUAGUGGAGGAGAAAAGGAGCUCAGGAACUCUGGGUGUAGACAUGCUCUUACCAGGGGAGUGGGAGAUUAGGAGAUUUGAAUUAAAGAUGUCAGAAGAGCAGCUGGCUGAGUUUGAUCUGCAGAAGUACAUAAAGACUCCAGAGAAAGAUCAGACUGAACUCCUCAGUCCAGAUGAUGUUCUUCAGAGGCUGGUGCCAGUGGUCACAACAUCCACAUUAGCUGAGCUGAUUCGAUGUAAACUGACAGAGAAGAGCUGUUCUUAUCUGGCCUCUGCUCUGACCGCACACUCCUCAAGUCUCAGACUGCUGGACCUGAGUUACAAUGUGCUGCUGGACUCAGGAGUGGAACUUUUAUGUUCUGCACUUUGUCAUCAAAACUGCAAACUGGAGGAACUAAAGUUGACUGAAUGUGAUCUGACAGAGAAGAGCUGUUCCUAUCUGGUCUCUGCUCUGACCUCACACUCCUCAAGUCUCAGACUGCUGAACCUGAGUGAGAAUGAGCUGCUGGACUCAGGAGUGGAACUGUUAUGUUCUGCUCUUUGUCAUCAAAACUGCAAACUGGAGAAACUUGAGCUGUUUCAGUGUCAUCUGACAGAGAAGAGCUGUUCUUAUCUGACCUCUGCUCUGACCUCACACUCCUCAAGUCUCAGACAGCUGCACCUGAGUGGCAAUGAGCUGCUGGACUCAGGAGUGGAACUUUUAUCUUCUGCUCUGUGUCAUCAAAACUGCCAACUGGAGGAACUACAGCUGAGGGACUGUAAUCUGACAGAGAAGAGCUGUUCCUCUCUGGCCUCUGCUCUGACCGCACACUCCUCAAGUCUCAGACUGCUGGACCUGAGUGGCAAUGAGCUGCUGGACUCAGGAGUGGAACUUUUAUGUUCUGCACUUUGCUUUCAAAACUGCAAACUGGAGGAACUUCAGCUGAAUAGCUGUAAUCUGACAGAGAAGAGCUGUUCCUAUCUGACCUCUGCUCUGACCUCACACUCCUCAAGUCUCAGACUGCUGGACCUGAGUAGAAAUGACCUGCUGGACUCAGGAGUGGAACUUCUAUGUUCUGCACUUUGUCAUCAAAACUGCAAACUGGAGGAACUUCAGCUGAUUGUCUGUAAUCUGGAAGAGAAGAGCUGUUCUUAUCUGGCCUCUGCCCUGACCUCACACUCCUCAAGUCUCAGACUGCUGGACCUGAGUGGUAAUGAGAUGCUGGACUCAGGAAUGGAACUUUUAUGUUCUGCUCUUUAUCAUCAAAACUGCAAACUGGAAAAGUUAAAGCUGAAUGGCUGUAAGCUGACAGAGAAGAGCUGUUCCUAUCUGACCUCUGCCCUGACCGCACACUCCUCAAGUCUCAGACUGCUGGACCUUCAGGGCAAUGAGCUGCUAGACUCAGGAGUGGAACUUUUGUGUUCUGCACUUUGUCAUCAAAACUGCAAACUGGAGGAACUUUGCCUGAUUGGCUGUAAUCUGACAGAUAAGAGCUGUUCCUACCUGGCCUCUGCUCUGACCUGACACUCCUCAAGUCUCAGACUGCUGGACCUGAGAUACAAUGACCUGAGUGAAUCAGCUGUAGAGCAGCUCUCUGUUCUAGUGAAGGACACACAUUGUAAACUGGAGGACCUAGAGUGAGUAAAUAACUCACUCAGUUCUUUAGAACACGAGGCCCAACGUGUCUGUCUUUAGAACACGAGACCCAACAUGUCUGUCUUUAGAACACAAGACCUAACAUGUCUGUCUUUCAAUCCUCUCUAUCUCUCCCUCUCUCCCUCUCUCUCUUUUUGCUUUUCGCUGCCUCAGUGCAGCCUCUUCUUUAUCUGACUGGCACAUCUUUUGUUUUUUCCUUCUUUCUUUGUAUUUUGCUUCGAUGUUCUAUCUCUCUCUGAAAAUGAUAGUCUUGUAUGCUACACAUACUGUGUGUGUUUAUGUGACUGUGUUCUAUCUCUCUCUGAGUCCUAAUACUAUUGAUUGUAGUGGGCAAUUGCCCACUAGUUUUGCCACUUUUUAGUUUAACAUUUUGUUUUUCAGUAUAAACACAAAUCCAAUAGACUGUAAUGCCAGUGGGUUUGUUGUCAUGGACACUGAUUGAUGAUCAUCUUUUCUCCUGAUGGUAUUAGUUAGUAUCAGGCACGACCCUGAACACACACACACACAUGCACGCGCACAUGUGCGCACACACACACACACACACACACACACACACACACACACACACACACAUACACACAGAAGUCACUCUCAAACAUGUGUGAAUAUCUACAAAUUGUAUGCAUAUCUGAAAUCUGUUGUGUCUAUUUGAUAUUGUUUUUUAUGUACGAAACCACAUGUGGACUGGAGAAUACAUUGUAUCUACCACUAUCACUAUCUAUCACUGUUGUGUAAAAUAUAUAGAUAUUUGUUUAUACUGUAUAUUUAAUAUUAUAUAUUUUUUAUAUUUUUUUGU